ACCACAACACAGCAUCAUGGACGAGUUCAAGUUUCAAAGUAUCAACCUGCAACAGGCACAAAACCAGAUCCGGCACAAGACUGACGGUCUGAGCUCCAGCACCCUGGUUCUGCGGAGAGGACAGGCCUUCACAGUCCUAAUGAACUAUGAGGGACGACCAUUUGAUCCAAUGAAGGAAAAACUGAUCUUCCGAAUUGUUCUAGGUCCUCUGUCUGUGGAGGUCCCGGUCUCCUCGUUCGGACAGCCCUCUCCAACUCAAUGGAGUGCCUUCCUGGAGAGGCGUGUACUGAACCCAACUGGACCCCGUGUGCUGUCUGUAUCACUGUCCAGCCCUGCGUCUGCUUCAAUCGGCGUCUACACGCUCCAGCUGAGGGUCGAGACUCGCUUGACUGUGAGAACAUAUCUGUUCGGCCAGUUCACGCUCCUCUGCAACCCCUGGUGCCAAGCUGAUUCGGUGUUCCUGCAGGCGGAGGAUCUGAGGAAUGAAUAUGUCAGGAGUGAUUUCGGCCUGCUGUUUAAAGGCUGCCCUGGUAAUGUGGUCUCCAGACCCUGGUCGUUCGAUCAGUAUGAAAAGGGGAUACUGGACAUCUGUAUGAAAUUGCUGCAGUUGAGUCCUCAAUAUCAAGCGGACAUGAGAACAGAUCUGCAGAACCGCAGCAGUCCGGUUUACAUCGGCCGUGUGAUCUCAGCGAUGGUGAACUCUAACGAUGAUAAAGGGGUGUUGAUGGGAAACUGGUCAGGUGACUACAGGGGAGGCGUCAACCCUUCACAGUGGUCCGGCAGCGCAGAUAUUCUCUGGAAGUGGGCAGAAACACAAUUCAGGGCUGUGAAAUACGGACAGUGCUGGGUGUUUGCUGCUGUCAUGUGUACAGUAAUGCGAGCUCUUGGCAUUCCGACUCGAGUCAUCACCAACUUCAACUCCGCUCACGACACAGACGGGAACAUGGUGAUCGAGGAACAUUACAAUGAGAUGGGGGAGAAAUUGUCCAUCAGCAGGGAUAGCAUCUGGAACUUCCAUGUUUGGGUGGAGAGCUGGAUGAAGAGGCCUGAUCUGGGUCAAGGUUAUGACGGAUGGCAGGCUCUCGACGCCACGCCACAAGAGAGGAGCGCAGGAAUUUUCCGCUGUGGUCCUGCUGCUGUUAAAGCCAUUUAUCAGCAGAAGGUGGACGCUCAAUAUGACGUGCCAUUCGUUUAUGCAGCAGUGAAUGCCGAUGUGCGUACAAUAAUCAUCAAAGACAGGAAGAUAUUAUCAACCAGCAUUGAUAAAAAAAGAGUUGGAGAACUGAUCUCCACCAAACGUCCAGGAUCCAUGCUUAUGCAGGACAUCACGUCUGAAUACAAAACUGAGAAGGUCCAAAGAGGUGAAGGUGCUACAGGAAGAGUGGCUUCUAAGGGCACUGCAGUUUCUCUCCAGCUUCUGAAAGCCCCUCUAGUCGGAGAAAACAUUUCUUUCAAUGUCAUAAUCGCUAACAAUGCGGCCGCUCCAAAACUGCUGAAAAAACACGUGAACGCUCAGAACAAGGAGUACAACCGCAAUCCCACUGGAACCUUCUGGGAGGCUCAUGACGAUGUGAAAAUCGGCCCGAAAGAAACUCUGACUAUAAAACAUGAGAUCUCCUUCAAAGACUACAUGCUGAAGGAGGCUGCAGAGGAUUUUAUGGUUAACCUGGCAGUGGUUAUAGAGGAUGUGGAGUCUCAGGAGAGAGUGCUGGCAUCAGAAGAGUUCAACAUCCGCAGCCCUGCCCUCAAUGUACAGAUUCAGAAUGAGUAUGUGAUCAUCAACACACAGCAAGUGGCCACAGUGACCUUCACCAACCCAUUCAGCACAGCAGUGAGCGGUGAACUGACCAUAGCCUGCUCAGGACUUUUGGAGCAGAAGGUUCAAACAAGGAUUACGAUCCAGCCUCGAGAAACCAUGAGGAUGCCCAUCAGUUUCACUCCCAGGAUGGCAGGUUCCAAGAUGCUUUAUGCUAGUUUAGUGCUGACAAAUCCACCCACCGUCCUCCACGGCUUCAAGACCAUCAAUGUUCAAGAAUCUUAGAGUGAAACACCUUUAGACAUGAUUGUGACCUCUCCACAUGAAGCAGUAUUUAAUGCUAUUCUUAUUAAUUCUCAGCCUUUAAAGAAAAAAAAUAAAUAUAAAUAAUAAUAAAAAGGUCUAAUUUGAUCACAUUCUUAAUAUUUAUGAAAUAAAAUAACAGUGAUGCUAAUACCACAAAUUAAGGCAAUUGCAUUGGGGAAAAAUAAUUAUCAUUAAUCAUUAAUAAAUUAAUGUGA